AUGAACUCAGCAACGAUUUUAAUUUUAUUUGUCGUUUGUCUGCAUCAAAUAGUUGCUGUAACAGAUAAACAUUCGAGUGUUUGGCAAAUUAUAAACAAUGACAAUAGACUUAAAAGGUUAGCUAUGGCCUUAGCAGUUGCUGGUUACAACGAAGGAAGCCAACGGGAUAUUUCAAUGACUGUGUUUGCUCCAAAUAAUGCAGCUUUUGAAAAAGUUCCUACUGAUAUUACUCAAUAUUACUCAGAUCCUGCAAAUAGGAAUGAACUUGCUGAAUUGCUUGCAUAUCAUGCUGUUACUAAUAGAAGCUUGACUUCAAGUGAACUACUUCGAAUGGAUCUACCAGCACGUUUAGAAACACUUAUGGGUGGUUUUAUUACAGUUACUAAACAAGAUAAUAAAAUCCAUAUCAAUGAUGCAACAGUGAUUGAAUCUGAUAUAUUGGCUAAUAAUGGAGUCAUUCAUAUUAUUGAUUCAGUUUUGAUGCCUAUUAAAUCAAGUAAAUAA